UUUUGCUUGUGUGUGUGUGGGUGAGCAUUGGGUGUAUUUUCCUGUGUGCCGUGUUAUGUCUCGCGUCAUUUAAUUUUAUCACCAAUUCAUCGUCGCAUUACUUUUCUGCGAUGCGCUAUUGUUAUUAUCGCUCGUUGUUGUAGCUCAACAACACAAGAAAGCAAAACGGCAAGGAACUUGAAGCCAAAGGAAAGAAAAAACACGAUACGAUUUGUUGUGACACAACCGAACAAACAGUAGCAGCACCGUUAUGAGUUUGCGUUUCAUCUGUUGUGUUUAGUGUGGUCCUUCGACCGUAUCCUUUCUUGUAUCGUUGUUCGGUUUCGGCGGACUGCAGCACCGCAGCAAAUGAUUGGCAAUUCGUGUCGCUGUGCGGUAUUGUGAAAUUGCGUCUCCGGUGGUAGUUUAACAGCUGCCAUUCAGCAAAUAUUGAACAUUCUGCGGGAGGAGUGGUGAAAAAGGGCCACAGUUAAGGUUGCGGAAAACCGGAUCCCUUGGUGUUGUGCAGGGAACUAACAUAUUCAUACGUUUUCAAGCUGGUUGCUGGCCCAUAUGGGCGUAUCGAUACUGUUCGAGAAGAAGCCGCAACUAGAGGUGAAGUGGAAGAACUGUGCGUGAUGUGUUAAAUAGAAGUGACCAUCCAUCGCCUUUUUACAUUGAACUUGUGUGCAGUGCACUUUUUCGUAGAGGUUAGUGCUGCAGGUCGCGUUUCGUCUCAGAUUUAUGUGGAAAGCGCUACGGUCAGUUGAUUUGCAUUUUAAGCUGCACCACUAGCUGCCAAACUGGAAGAGUGAAAGUGAACGAUUUGUGAAACCGUAAUCCAAGGAACGGUGUCGUGAUUUCUUUUAUUUGCUUUCGUUUCCGGCACUUCCCCCGCGAAAUGUGUUCCGCAUACCGGGUUGCACGAGGGUUGCCCUGCCGGGAUACAAUUCCCGCCAUGGCCAUCAUAUUCAUUGUGUCCACGUUGGUGCACACGGCAUGUGGCUCCAAUUACCGGAUAGAUUUGAAAUCCUCCGGAUCGGUUGUUCUUGGGUUGAACAUGACGAUUGCGUUCAGCGCUGUACUGUACACGGAUGAGGCACUGGUUAAUGAUGAUUACGUUGUCGACUGGUCAGACAACACUUAUCCCCAGCAUACGCUAGAAGGUCUAACCUCGAAAACGCCCCACUUCAAUUGGACGGUUAUGUACGCACAUCCUGUAAAGCCCGGCACGUAUCAGGCAACGAUCAAGGUGAAGAAAACUUUCAUCGCGAUACCAUACGAGCUCGCCCAUGCAUCGGUUACGUUCAAUCUGACCAGCAUGCUCAACGGCGAAUUACAGCUAAUCCAGAACGACACAGUGGUCAACAGUACGUAUGUGUCGAGUACGGUACCGGUUAACCAAUCGAUUAUCCUUUCCGAAAGCGAUCAACGCGCUUUGGAGAAGGCAGCAUACGUGCAAACAUUUUGGUUCAUCAAUUGCCAGUAUAUCGGCACGUCAAACGAGUUGUCGACGUUGAGCAAUUUCACCCAGGAGAAUAAUACUUACUCUAUUGAAGCUCUGGUCGUAGCAUCCUUUGAAAAGCUUCCAGAACCAACAACGACAACCACAACUACAACAACCACCACGACAACCACUACAACUACUACAACAACCACAACGACCCCGGCGACAACCACUACCACCACUACGACGACCACACCGACGCCUCCAACAACAACAUCCACAACUCCUGCUACUACAACCAGCACAACCCCAAAGCCCACCACCUCCACGCAGCCGCCUUCGACUAAUGAUAUUUCAGCUUCAUCCCAUCCAAGUGAGCUAAGGAAUAAACGAGCUGUGAAUAAAGAAAUUCUACCAGGAUCAGUACAAUCGGCGGACGUGCUUAGAUCCGUCAGUCCUGUUCUAUUGAACCUCACUGAUCGUGACAACAUCAUCCUACCUGAUGUAUCGAAGGAAACGUUAGUGGAAGGAUCUCCCAACGAGGAACCAUUUGUGGUCAUUUCAAAGAAAUACGACCGGUUCUACAAUCUACAAGAUGCACAUCAACCUUAUGUAUGUGACAACAGUUCGAUGAUUGCGCCCGACCCUAAAAAGGUGUACGGAUACUUUCAGCGAACCUUUACAGUGCAGCAUCCGAUAGCCAAGUUUAACGUUUCCGGACAGCAGUGGGUGAAGCAGGGCCAGCCAGUGGAUCUUGUAUUUCAGUGUAGCGGUACGCCACCUUUCGAGUUUUGCUACAAUUUAAAUCAUGGCCAGCACAACAUGACUAGCAACGAAACGUGUAACAACGAUUGGGAACCGUCCCGUACGGGCGAAUGUCGUUACAAGAUACAUCGCUUCUUCUUUACCAACGAUCAAUAUUCGAUCGUGAUUUUCGUCCGAAACCGUGUUUCAAACUAUUUUACCCAGAUCGGAAUUCAGUUUUACGAGAAUCAACAAAAGUCCCAGCUGUCGGUAAUAAUUGUCCCCAUCGGGUUCGGUUUGCUAGCAGUGCUUAUUGUGGUGUAUGGAAUGGCAUACUACAUUCAAAACCGAGACCGUUUCAUUGUUGAGGUCGCUGAUUUCAACUUUGGUGAUACAAGCUCACUGGACGACGACAUGGAGUAUAAAACGUUUCACCAACGGCUAGUGGACAGUUUGCGAGAUUCGGUUAGAAUACCACGUUUCAACUUUCGGCGUUCCAGCGCUCACGAUGUGGACGAUAUUUCACCAUCAUCCGGUGCGGCUGGGGAAUCCUCGCUACGGUACGGUUCUAUGACAUAGAUGAAUCGUAGUGAGGGAGGGCAGGUAAGUUGUACAUCGUUGAGUUCGAGCGUUUCGUAGUACCAGGGUGUUAGAUCCUUGCUUGGCAGUGAAACUGAAGAUGAAAAGUGAUGAAUACGCUACUGAACAAUGUGUGUGGAAAAUCGAGUCAAUUCCGUGCGAACGAGUCCAGCAAGUGCCGAUUGAAUCCACGUUGAUUGAAUUGGAUUGUUAAUAUUUUAGCAAGGAGGAAAACACAAAUAGAAUACCAUAUAAAGCUGAUAUAGUACUAGUACACAAAAUAGAAAUGAGGAAAAAGAGUUUAUUAACAUAAAAAGUGUUUGUACGGCGGAAGUGCAAAACUGGUAUGAUACUACGGGGAAUGGACGAUCGUAUACAGUGCUUACGCGCAUUGCACAACCAAUUGCAUUGGAAAGGAAUCAAAAUUAUAAGACUGUUGUUGAUUUUUUUUUGUUUUCAUUAGCCAUAUUCCUUUUGUCGAUCGUGUAACACAAUUCCAUGUAAACGAUAUUGGCGAUAUAAAUCAAAUUAAUAUUCCAAGCAUCAAAGUGCAACAGUAGUUGACCGUUACGAUUUGGUACGGCUUUACUUUCUCUGCUAUCAUCGUUGCACCCGAGGUUAAUUGGAGGAGGUGUUAAUUAAAUGCAAUUAAAUAAAAGGUAAAGCGCUAAAAAACAGGAGGCAACACAAGCAGCUACACGCGCGUGUGUAGUAAAUUGAAGAUUACGAAAGGAGAAUGUAAUAUACUAUUCGAUCAACAAGUAAUGUAAAAUGAUUACAUAUUGUGAUACUGAUGCAUCUACGAUUUAUUUUAUGCAAUUAAAUUUUAAGUCUCAACAAACAUAUUCCCUCCCCUCAAAAAGAAACCUAUUCCUAGAAAAUGUUCGCACGUAACUGGUUUGCAAGAACAGAAAUGAAGAAGUAGAUUACAAAACUGCCAAAGCACAUUCAGUGGGAACCACCGCUUUUCUUCCGGGUACAGCGUAGUCACUUUUCAUGGGUGACUUUUUUUGGGACUAUCGAUUAAAUCGGUACAAAUUAUGCAGUAUAGCAGAUAUAUAGAUUUGGUUGCAUUGGAUCGGAAAUGCUCGAAUAUGUGCGAACAAGCUUUCUGUUGUGGAUGGAUGGGCAGUUUGUUCAAGUCAAAUAGUGGUAGACACUGCGAGCAAUCGAACGGAAAAGGAAUCAGUACUGUGGGACGUUGGAGCUAGUAAGGAAAGAAGUUAUCAUCUACGAGCAGUAAGAUGCAAGUGUAAAAAUAAAACAAACAAGCAAAUAUAGUAUGUAAUUUUUACGGGACACUAGCAGGCGACACUAUGGCACGGGCACAGGGAAUGUAGGGACUGCAAAGAAGGAUCAUCGCUGGGUCACAUGGAACCAGGCACGGCACGUGGGUAAACGGAGGCCAGAGAAAGUCUAUCAAGAUAUGUUAAUGAAAAGUACAUUAGUCGAAUAACAAUUACAAAUCUAGA